GACUGGCUGGAAGAGUACGGUAGGGGACUGUGGAUGAAGAUAGAUGGGAAGGGGUCGAGGGGAAUGUGGCGCUUUCUAGAUACUCAAGCGGAUUCGCUCGAUUGCUAGCAGAGGGUGGGAUUCCGUGGGCGCUAUGGAGUAAGCUGGCCAUCUCCAAGGAUCUGGUGUGUAGCGCCGUGUUCCAGGCGAGGUUCUGUGCCAGGGGUGAGAUUUCUUCUGCCAGGGGUGAGAUUUGAGUGUUGAUUCGCGGUGUCCAGGAGUUCUGUGGUGUAGGUCUGCCAGGGGUGAGAUUUGAGUGUCGAUUCGCGAUGUCCAGGAGUUGUGUGGUGUAGGAAGCCGAGAUUUGGAGGCAUAGGGGUUUUUUGACCGGGGAGAGAUGGUUGAAUCCACCAGGAGGCGGGUGCCUGACGAUUCCAGGGGCCUGCUGUGCUGCAUCGACGACGUCCUGGAGAAGAUCUUUGGCUACAUCAAGAAGCCCGUGGAGAGAAAUGCUAUCUCGGCAGUGUGCAAGCGGUUUCACGAGCUGGAAGCUCGCACGAGGCAUCAUGUCCUGGUCUACAACAUGUACGCUGUCAACCCCAUGAAGCUGUUCGAGCGAUUUCCCAGCGUGAGAUCGAUUACCAUCAAAGGGAAUCCUCGGCUCGUGGAUUUCGACAUACUCCCCAGGGAUUGGGCCGGCCACGCAGGACCUUGGAUUGCAGCUAUCAAAGCUCAUCCCCAGCUUAACCGCUUCCGGAUCAAGAGGAUGACGAUCACCGACUCUCAGAUCGAGGAGCUCUGUGCUGCCUGUGGUCCCAACCUCAAGAUCAUGCAGUUUGACAAGUGCUCCGGCUUUAGCACCAAGGGUCUCCAAGCACUCGCCAAGUUUUGCAAGAAUCUUACCCACUUGGGCCUUGCACAGUCGAUGAUUGAUAACACUAGUGAUACCAAAUGGCUCAAGGACCUGGUAAACUCGUGUCCCGCCCUCGAAUACCUGGACUUGUCACUUAUAGAGAUGGGCGACGUGGAUGAAGCGGUGCUGGUGAAGUUGGCCGAGCGUUGCAAGCUGCUAAAGCUGUGGGAGUCCGAGACUCAAAACUCCGAGCGGUUUUUGCCUGUGCUGCAAAAGUGCUCUUCCAACUUAAGUGACCUUGGGAUCGAGCGGAUCAACAGCAACUCCGAGACGUCGUUACUGGCAAAGUGUACUGCACUGGAGGGGCUGUCCGGCAUCUUCGAUCUAGUGGACGAUGGAAUGCACGCUUUUAUGUCGGUCAGUUCUCGUUUGACGAGGCUCGACCUAUCUUACUCCAACCUUACCGAGGUGGAGAUAGCGGAGGUGCUUCGAGCCUGUCCUAACCUGCAGUAUCUUCGGGUGUUAGACUUGGCUGGAGACCACGGGUUGCAAGCGCUGGGGAACUCUUGCAAAGACUUACACAGGCUUGUCGUUGAGAGUCCUUCUGCAAUUGACGGUGGGGUGGUGACACACGCCGGCCUUAUGGCGGUUGCACAAGGCUGUAGAAACCUGCAGAAGCUCAUUUUCUAUCCAUCUUUCAUCACCAACGAAGCGUUUUAUGCGCUCGCUUACAACUGCCCGAACUUGAUGGACGUGCGAAUAUGUCUCAUCCAGUCAAGUAGCACGGGCGAGAACAUGCCAUGGGAGUGCCUGGACGAAGGGGUGACCGCACUCGUCCGGGAAUGCAGAUCGCUCUACCGUUUGACGCUCUGCUUCGACGUCCAGGCGGAUGUUGAGUUCCUCACCGACGCGGGCGUGGCUGCAAUUGGCGAAUAUGGAAAGAAGAUCAGGGUGCUGACCCUUGUCCACUGUGGCAGCAGCGACAUGGGAUUGGUACCAGUUCUUCGCGGCUGCAACAAACUACAGAGGCUUGAAAUCCGGAAGUGCCGUUUCGGUGAUGAAAGCAUGCAAGAAAUCGCUUUGAACAGCGAGCUGCAUCUCAAGCACUUGUUCGUCCAAGGGUGUGAAGUGACGAUCGAUGGGCUCAGCAGCCUGGCUUACCGGGCCAAGCACACAAACUCGAGGUUCUACGUGGAAGUGAUUGGCUGUAAAGACGGGCGGUGCCUGGAGGAGCACAGGUACUCGUGCACGGACGAGUCUUGCGAGGACCAGCACCGCUUCUCGCUCAGCUGCUCCCACUGGCAGAUCCUGGCAUACCAUUCACUCACAGAGCCCCGCGACGACACUCCAUGGUUUAUCCACCGCUUCGACUCGAUUCUCUCCGAGGCUUCUUCGCUGCCUUUCACAAGAGCUGAACCAGGAGGCGCUCUUCAGCUCAUGCCAGAGAGCAGUAGCGGUGGGAUUGAUCUUGAUCUGAGCACCAGCGGGAUCGAUCUAAACGAAGACUCGUCGGAGCCGCUCCAGCUGAUGCCGGAGAGCAGUGGCAGUGGCGGCGGUGGUGGCAGUGGUGGGAUUGAUUUGAACGAGCCAGCUGAGGAGAGUUGCUCGUCAUUCCCAGGAUUUGAGAGGAAGGAAGUCUUCCACUUUCCCGACAUUCUGGAGCGCGUGGCGGCAGAGCCAACGUUGCACUUGGGAGCUCCAUUGGUGCUCUAGGCCUCCUUACUGUGAUUUUCUCUCGCGAGACCAUGUAUUUCUAUUUUUGUUUGAAAGAAAGGAAGUUCCUAGCU